AUGGAGCCAGUUCAUCAUGUCACGACCUCAUCGAAGGUCCUCUUUAGAAAGGUCCGCAACAUCGUACCACCAAUGUUGGAGAAAUUCCACAAAGGACAACUCGGCCGUGUGGCAGUAAUUGGCGGCUGUGUCGACUAUACUGGUGCACCGUAUUUCUCGGCCAUCGCAUCGGCAAAACUAGGAUGUGAUAUGAGCCAUGUUCUCUGUGAACGCUCCGCAGCUCCGGUCAUCAAAGGCUACUCGCCAAACCUAAUGGUACACCCAAUUCUUCCCAGCACAGACUCAGUCGAAAACCCCAAGUCAAUUGACGCACCAGCCCUCGCUGGCCCAAUAAUCGACAUGCUUUCCCGCCUACACGCCCUCGUCAUCGGCCCCGGGCUCGGCCGCGAUGGCGUCACGCUGAAGGUAGUCGCGGAGGUAAUUAAAGAAGCACGCUCGCGGUCUAUCCCCUUCGUGCUCGACGCAGAUGGGCUACUCAUUGUGACGGAGGACCCUAGCCUCGUCAAGGGCUACAAAGAAUGCAUCCUCACCCCGAACGUUGUCGAGUUCGGGCGACUAGCGAAGGCACUGGGGAUCAAUACACCCAGCCAGGCUGACAUCGGGAAAGAAGGUGGCGACAAGACAAGCAAAGAGUCCGAUGCAUGCCAGCAGCUCUCCAAUGCGCUGGGUGGCGUGACAAUUGUGCAGAAGGGUCCUCAUGAUGUGAUUUCCAAUGGAACUACCAGCCUCAUCAAUGAUAUCAAGGGUGGACUGAAGCGCAGCGGUGGUCAGGGAGAUACGCUUACCGGAUCUCUGGGUACGUUGCUUGCCUGGCGAGCGGCAUACCACGACAAGCUAUGGGAUUCGGGCGAGAAAGAAAAUGAGAAAGAGGCGGAGAGCAAAGCGGAUGUGCAGGCUGAGCUGGAGUCUGACAUGCGCAUGUCUCCUGGUACUACUUUGCUUCUGGCUGCAUGGGCUGGCAGUAGUAUUACGAGGGAAUCAUCGCGGCAGGCUUUCGAAGCGAAAGGGCGGAGCAUGCAAGCCAGUGAUCUUACUGAUGAGGUGCAUAAGAGCUUCUUGAAAUUGAUUGGUGAGCCUGAGGAGUCUCAGGCCCACCUGUAG